UAUGAAAUAUUCGUAAUCUACCCUCAAACACUCAAUGAUUUCUGAAGAUAUACCCAACAAAAAACUCAAAAUCAAAGUCUUGAGGCCCUUAACCCACGACAUUAAUCAUGCAAAAUUAUAGGAAAAGGGCCCAUCUUUUUAUUUGUUACUAUCACUAUAAAUUAACUAUGAUCAGAAGCCUCUCUACACAUUCAUUCCUCUCUUCAACAAUUAUUUUUCCUCUUGGAAGAACCACCCCGCUACCUUCAAAAGUGUGUAAAGUUUGUUCCUUUUUACAUUUGGGCAACUGGGUUAAAGCUAGAACUCCUGUUAGUACAAGGACAGUGUCAGCUUUGAUGAGUUCAAAAUCUGGAAUUGAGCAAGUGCUGGUUGAGAAUGAAGUGCAACAGGUUAGGUUGCUUGAUUCAGUCAAUGAUGACCAUGGAGGUGUCAUUGUGGAAUUGAGUGAGUCUAUGGAUUCAAAGGUGUUUGCUUCAAUGCUUAAAGCUUCACUUGCUUUAUGGAGAAGCCAGGGUAAAAGGGGUGUAUGGAUCAAGGUACCUAUUGAACUGGUCAAUCUUGUUGAAGCUGCUGUCAAGGAAGGGUUCUGGUUCCACCAUGCAGAGCCAAAAUACUUGAUGCUUGCAUUCUGGAUCCCAGAAGGUGUUCAUACUCUUCCAGCAAAUGCCUCUCACCGAGUGGGUAUCGGUGCAUUUGUCAUGAACAAAAAGAGAGAGGUGCUUGUGGUCCAAGAGAAAAGUGGCAUAUUUCGGGGGACAGGUGUGUGGAAGUUCCCUACUGGAGUUGUGGACGAGGGAGAAGACAUAUAUGCAGCUGCAAUGAGAGAAGUCAAAGAAGAGACAGGAAUUGAUACAGAAUUUGUGGAAGUCCUAGCAUUCAGGCAAAGCCACAAGUCAUUCUUUGAUAAGUCAGAUUUAUUCUUUGUAUGCAUGUUGCGACCCCUCUCCUUUGACAUUGAGAAGCAGGAAUCAGAAAUAGAGGAUGCCCAGUGGAUGCCAUGGGAUGAAUAUGUAGCACAGCCAUUCGUCCAAAAGCAUGAACUUAUGAAGCACUUAGUUGGCAUAUGCAAAGCAAAAGAAGAUGAGGCGUAUUUCGGGUUUUCUCCAGUCCCCAUUACAUCAAGAUUUUCAGACCAAAAAAGUUAUCUGUACGUGAAUGAUCGAGACCUGAAAGGCAGUAAGGUCAGAAUGUCUCAAACAGCAUGACCUGAACGCCUCUCACAACCCUCGGGAUCAUACCAAGGAAAAGAUUCAAUUUCUGUAAUUUCGUUUCAUUUAUUUUUAGGACAAACAAUAAAUGUUGUAAUUGUCCCUCAUUCUUUGAAAAAGGGAAAAUAAUCUAAUUGUAUUAAUUACCUCAGUAUUUGAUCCAUUAGGUGUACGAUGCUGCUCUACGAGCUGCAAUCAAUUAAUAAAAUCCCUGUUUCAUUCA